AUGCACUCUUUUCAUUACCUGUCUGUCGCUUUGUGUGCCCUUUCGUUUUUAUCCUCCCAAGUAUUCGGUUUUAGUGGGGUCCAGUCGUCCGCACAUCAACGCUCACGCAAGUUGUCGCACAUACGCGCCCCAGGUGGUAACGACCAGCCUCGGGCCCUCGAUAUCUCUGUCAAUCAGUCGAGGGACACGAAAAUUUUGAAGAGAGACACAUUUACUUAUUUUGUGGAUGGCAAUGGUGCCUGUGGAGGUUUCAAUGGUCCUAACGACUUUAUCGUUGCGCAGAGCUCGUGUGAUUUUAAUGGAGGUAGCCAUUGCUUCCAAAUGAUAACUAUUAUAGUGAAUGGCAAGUCAACGCAGGCCCAGAUCACGGAUGAGUGCCUUGGAUGUCCUUGCGGGGGACUGGACUUCAGUCAAGGUCUUUUUGAGUUCUUCGCCCCAACCAGCGUUGGCGAAUUAUCUGGAUCGUGGACUUAUGGCACUCCUAGUACUUCAUCCUCGUCCACACCUCCCCCAUCUACGACGACCACGCAAUCUUCCACUAGUACCUGGAUGCCACCUACUAUCACCUCGUCAAGUAUUUCCAUAUCUACCCUCACAACUACCAGUACCCUCGUAGCCACAACUACACCUAUGAACUCAAAUCCCCUACCAACUACAACCUCAUCCACUGCAACUUCCCUCCCUACUUUUAGCCCCGACAACCCUCAACUCCUCACGCAAAUGAAUCUUGGAUUGAUCGAGCUUGGUUCACUUCUCCAAGCUUGUGCGUCAUUGUCUUUGGAGUCAUAG